GAGCGCUGCGCGAGGGUCGGAGAGUCCCGGAGAGUUGGGCCGGAGCCUCUGAGGCGCUUGCGCAGCUGGGCGGUGGUUGGUCUGCGAAGCUGAGGGGCGUCGCGGGGCUGGAGCAGAUCUCCACGGGUCCCAGUGAAUUUUCAGAGUCCUCUUUCAAGUCAACAGGCAUCGUGCUUUUUCUUUGAAGAAUUGUAAAGAGAGAACAAAGCCAUAGCAGAAGGGGGGAAAAUGUCCAACCCCUUCUUAAAGCAGGUUUUCAACAAGGACAAAACCUUUCGGCCUAAGCGCAAAUUUGAGCCAGGCACACAGAGAUUUGAACUUCACAAGAAGGCUCAAGCUUCCCUGAAUGCAGGGCUGGAUCUGAAGUUAGCUGUCCAGUUGCCAUCUGAUGAGGAACUAAAUGAUUGGGUGGCUGUGCAUGUAGUAGACUUCUUCAAUCGCAUCAACCUCAUUUAUGGAACCAUCAGUGAUAACUGCACCGAGCAGUCGUGUCCAGUGAUGUCUGGGGGCCCUAAGUAUGAGUAUCGAUGGCAGGAUGAACAGAAAUACCGGAAGCCGACUGCUCUGUCAGCACCCAAAUAUAUGAAUCUUUUGAUGGACUGGAUUGAGGUUCAGAUCAACAAUGAAGACAUCUUCCCGACCAAUGUUGGUACUCCAUUCCCCAAGAACUUUCUGCAGGUGGUAAAGAAGAUCCUGUCCAGGCUUUUCAGAGUUUUUGUUCAUGUUUACAUCCACCACUUUGACCGAAUCACUCAGAUGGGCUCUGAGGCUCAUGUGAACACCUGCUAUAAGCACUUCUUCUAUUUUGUGAAAGAGUUUAACCUGAUAGACACCAAAGAGUUAGAACCACUGAAGGAAAUGACCUCCCGAAUGUGCCACUGAAAGUGGGGCCACCUCUCAGGACUGCUGAAACCCACCUUUCUGCACCCAAGAAGAUGCCAUCUAGAAACCAGAGACUCUGAUACACACAUAAAAUCUCUAUUUUUUUAAACAAGAACAUCCCCAUGAAAAUUCCUUAUACCUUUUCUUAAGUACUGUGACAUUACAGUAAUCAUUUUUAAGAUGCUUCAUAUAGUUGAAGAUUAUUUUUGUUUUGUUUUUUAGAAUUGAUUUCUAGAGGGCAGCCUGCUAAAGUGGAAAGAGCACUAACUAGUCAUCAGAUGUAGUCUGUAUCAUGUCUCUGCUGCUUGCAAGCUGUGUGACCUUGGGCAAGUCAUUUUAUCUCUCUAGGCCUCAGUUUCUUCAUCUGUAAAAUGAAGAGGGUUGGAUUAGAUGACCUUUAAGGUCUCCUCCUUCUCUAAGAUUCCAUAAUUUUAUGAUUCUAAUUUUGCUUCCAGCUCUUAAAAAUCUAUGAUUCUCAGUGAAUGGAAAAGCCCACUUUGUCCUUAAACCACUUACUUUUGCCAGGAGGCAGAAGAAUUUUGUCAGCAAAGCCACCUGACGCUUCAUUGUUUCGUCUGUGGCACCGCAGAUAUCUUCGUCUCAGAGACUUGAUGCUAUAGCCAUAUUAGCCUUUACCUGCCUUGGAACUGCAUUGGUUGCCUUCUCCUGGACACACUAUGCGCUGAUCCCCUCAAUGUGCGAGGGGAACGAUUGUUAUUUGCUCUUGAGAGCCAGAUGGAGAACUUUCUGCAGAAUGAGGGGUGGGGGAAGCAGAGUGAGAGUUUAUUGAGUCAUAGUUAUUAAUAAGAGCCCCUUAGUCUCACAAGUAGCCACCAGUUUUUACCUCUAGUUUUAUUUUUUAAUGUAAGGUACGACCAGUACACAGACUGCACUCUCUGUCAUCUUUAUUUUAACCCAGAUUCUUCUCUAGCUAGCCUCCCUGGCUAGUCAAGAUGUGCGUUUGAUUGAAACCCAACUUCUUAUUCUUUCUAAACCAGGGUUUCCCAAAUCAGUUUAGCCACAGAACUAUUUUGGCUAAAAAGUGUUUUGAUUGAACCUUUAAAUUCCUGUCCAGGGAACCCCUAGGAUAAAGGAAGUUGGAGAAAUUUUGGAGUAAAACAGAAGACAUUAAAUCUGUUUUCAUAAUGGAAAAUUGCUAUUCAUAAUUAGCAUUUUAAUAAUGUACCGUUUCAUAUUUAAUGUUUUAGAGAUGCUAUCACUAGCAUCAAUUCUCUCAUGAAAUCCUUAUUCACCUGAUUUGGAAUGCCUGGGUCCCACAGAACAUAGUUUGGGAAACACAGACUUUUAAUAACAAACCUCAGCACAUCACCAUGUGUUUCUUCUGAGUUGGAGAUUGAGUUUUCAUAGAGAUCCAUUUAUCUCAGACUGAGGUACAAGGAACAGUCCCUUAUAAUUGGUGAACCCUAAAGGAUCUCACCUUUCCAUUACCAAGAAAGCUGAGCUAAAUCUUCUCUCAUAUACAUAUUUUUAGUUGAGGACUUGAAUUUUGUUUUUGACGUCUUUUGCUUAUGUUUUAGCUGUUUUGAGUUCAGCUUUCUCGUGAUGUGGAGGAAUCAUUUGUCGGAUACUGACUUUUGGUUGAUGAGAAUUAUUCUUUGAAAUAUAAGUCACCCAAGGCCAGUGGACCAAUUCCCUUUGUAAAUCCUUCUGGUCCUGGGGAUUUUUUCUUAGGGAAAUGCUUUUGUAGGACAGCACAAACUAUAAGUAACCUCAUGUGGACUCUUCCCAAGUGACCAAAAGAAGCCACAUCCUUUUCUCCGGUACUCCAGAAUUAAGCCUUCAACUGCUGAACAUUUUUCCUAUGCUUGGAUCAUUCCUGGAAUCAUUACUAUUAGGUUUUUCAAACUGUUUUGGUUGUGUCUCUUUUGAUGAUUCUGAAUUUCUGAUGAUCAUGUUUGAAUUUGAUAUUGCCCACAAAUCAUUCUCUGUUAGCGCACAGCUGCAUUUACCAUAAACCUUCUCUGCGGAGAUAACAAGCCUGUUGAGAUUGGCUGAGAUCCAUCCACUGCCCUGGCUGUUAGACCACCCAUCUUCAAGACUCCUGGUGCAAAGAACUAAAACUUGAGCCCUUUCUAACCAUAUCGAGCAUUUCCUAAAAUUGAGAAAGGUCAUAUCAAGUAAAAUUUUUUAAAAAAAUGUUUUUGUGUUAGCAGUGAUCCAGCUACCGCAGCCAUCUCUCUUGUGUGUUUAACAAUUCAGGAGCCAAGCAGAACCUGGAGAUAGCUUAGAAUGAGCCCCACGUUCCCUUCCACUGCUUGCUGAAUAAGAGGGGAAACUGGAGAAGUACAAAUCCCUGUGGAAUUCUGCUUUUGCUGGGUGGACUCUGUCACUUAGAGUCAUUUGAGACAUUCCCUUCCCCUCUCCCACAUAUCACUAUCAUUCUUGGAAAUGAACAUAAAAAUGAAUUAUGCUGUCUCUGUCUGA